AUGGCGUCCCGGGACGGGCUGGAGGGCGGGACGGCCCGCCAGGUCGUCCCGACGGAAGGCAGGCGACGGCCCGCCUGGCGUCCGGACGGGAGCGAGCGACGGCCCGACCUGGCGUCCCGGGACGGGGGGCGACGGGCCCGCCAAGGAGGCGUCCCGGACCGGCCGCGGGCGACGGGGCCGCAGCGUCCCGGGCCCGGGCGGGCCCGGGACGGGCCCACCCCCAGGGCAGGCGGGACGGGCGGGAGCCGAACGGCCCCGCCUGCCCGGGACCCGGACGGGCGACGGCGCCAGCCUGGCGUCCCGGACGGGCAGGGUUCGACGGCCCGCCUGGCGUCCCGGGACGGCAGGGCGGGCGACGGCCCGCCAGGCGUCCCGGGAACGGAGCUUCGGGCGGGCGAACGGCCCGCCUGCGUCCGGGAGGGACGGCGGGCGACGGCCCGGCGUCCCCGGGACGUCCCGACCGGGGCGGUUUUGGGCGAACGGCCCGCCAGGUCGUCCCGGGACGGGCGGGCGACGGCCCGCCUGGCGUCCCGGGACGGUCGAGCGUACGGACCCGCCAGGCGUCCCGGGACGGGCGGGAGGGCGACGGCCCGUCUGGCGUCCCGGGACGGGCGGGCGACGGCCCCCCCUGGCGGUCCCCGCGGGGGGGGCGACGGCCCGCCUGGCGUCCCGGGACGGGGGGGGCGGCGCGCCAGGGCCUCUGGGACGGGCGGGCGCCGGGAGCCAGGCGUUUUCCGGGACGUGCGGGCGACGGUCCAGCCAGGCGUCCCGGGACGGGCGGGGGAGCGACGGCCCGCCUGGUCGACCCUGGGUACGGGGGGGGACCGGGCGGGGGGGCCACGGCCCGCCAGGCGUACCCGGGAGUCGGGCGGGCGACGGCCCGCCAGGCGUCCCGGGACGGCGGGGGCGACGGCCCGCCUGGCGUCGGGGGGGGGGACCCGGGACUUCGGGAGGGCGCGGGCGACGGACAGCCUGGCGUCCCCGGGACGGGUCGGGCGACGGGGGGGCCCGCCUGGCCAGUCCACGGGACGGGGGGGCGUCGGACCGGAGCCUGGCGUCCCGGGAACGGGCGGGCGACGGCCCGCCAGGCGUCCCACCGGGACGGGCGGGCGACGGCUCCCGAACCUGGCGUCCCUGGGACGGGCGGGCGACGGGCCCGCCAGGCGUCCCGGGACGGGCGGAGAGCGGGACGGCCCGGCCAGCCGUGGACGGGCGGGCCCGGGACGGGCCGCCUGGGCGGGCCCGACGGGGAGCCGCCCACGGCGCCUGGCGACGGGAGGGCGCGGGGCGACGGCCCGCCAUGGCGUCCCGGGACGGCGGGCGGGCGACGGCCCGCCUGGCGUCCCCCGGGACGGGGCCCUCGGGCGACGGCCCGCAUGGCUGGCGCCACCCGACGGCGUGCGACGGCCCGCCAAUGGCGUCACGGGGACGGGCGGGCGUACGGCCCGCCUGGCGUCCCGGGACUGGGCGACGGCCGACGGCCCGUCCGGGACGGGGGCGGACCCGGGCCCCCUGGCGUCCCACGGGACGGGGGCGGGCGACGGCCCAGACCUGGCGUCCGGGACGGGGCGGGGCGGACCGGCCCCCCCGGGCCGGGACGCGGGCGACGGCCCGCCUGGCGUCCUGGGACGGGCGGGCGACGGCCCGCCAGUCGUCCCGGGACGGGCGGGCGACAGGCCCGCCUGGCGUAAUCCCGGGACGGGCCGGGGGCGACGGCCCGCCACCCGCCCGGCGUCCCGGGACGGGCGGGCGACGGCACGCCUGGCGUCCGACGGGCCGACGGGCCCGCUGGCGGGUUCCACGGGACGGGCGGGCGACGGUCCCGCCUCCCGGCGUCCUCGGGACGGGGGGGGGCGGUGCGGACGGGCCCGCCAGGCGUCGCGGGACGGGGGGCGGGCGAACCGGCCCGUCCUGGCGUCCUUCCCGGGACGGGCGACGAAACGGCCCGCCUGGGCGUCUGGGCACGGGAGGCGGGGGGAGCGACGGCCCGCCUGGAGUCCCGGGACGGACGUGGCGGGCGACGGCCCGCCAGGGCGUCCCGGGACGGGCGGGAGGGCCGGACCCGGGCCCGGGCAGGGCCUCGACGGGCGGGGGGCGAGGCCCGCCAUGGCUCCCGGGAGACGGGCUUGGGCGACGGCCCGACCUGGCGUCCGGGUACGGGGGGGCGUGAGACGGCCCGCCAGGCGUCCCGGGACGGGGGGGCGGGACAGCCCAGGGCUUUUGACGGGGCGGGCGAACGGCCCGCCUGGCCGGGUCAACGGGACCUGGGCGGUGGGCGACGGCCCGUCCUGGACGUCCCGGGGACGGGCGGGCGACGACCCGCCAGGCGUACCCAGGGACGGAGGGGGCGCGGGCGCCUACGGUCCCGGGACGGGCGGGCCUACGGCCCGCCUGCUCCCGGGACGGGCGGAGGAGCGGACGGACAGGCCAGGCUGUCCGGGACGGGCGGGAGGGCGACGGCCCAGCUCCUUUUGCGUCCCGGGACGGCGCAAUAGGGGCGACGGUCCCAGCCUGGUCGUCCCGGGACGGGCGGGCGACGGCCCCGCCAGGCGUCCCCGGGACGGACGGGCGGGCGGACGGCCCGGCUGGCCGUCCCGGGACGGGCGGGCGACCGGCCCGGGACCCUGCGUCGACGGGCGGGCGGCGGCCCGCCUGGUCGUCCCGGGACCAGGGCAGGGCGACGGCCCGCCUUGGCGGGCCCGGGACGGGCGGGCACGGCCGCAGGCGUCCCAGGGGACGGGCCGCGAAGGGCGACGGCCCGCCUGGCGUCCCCGGGACUGGCGGGCGACGGCCCGCCUGGCGUCCCGGCGGGUACGGGACGCGGGCCCGACUGGCGACCAGGCAAGUCGGGACUGGGCGGGCGACGGCGAGCCUGGCGUCCGGGACGGGCGGGCGACGGCCAGGCCUCCCGGGACGGCGGGCGCGGCCCGGGCCAGGCGUCCCGGACGGGCGGUCGACGGCCCGCCUGGCGUCCCUGGGACGGCGCUACGGCUCGCCAGGUCGUCCCGGGACGGGCGGGGGCGACGGCCCGCCAGGCGUCCGGGGAGGGACGGUUGCGGGCGACGGCCCGCCAGGUCGUCGGACCGGCGGGCCCACGGGCCCCCAGUGUUCCCGGACGGGCGGGGCGACGGCCCGCCUGGCGUCCCGGGACUGGGCGGAAGGGACGGGCGGGCGACCUGGCUGGUAACGACUGGGCGGGCCCGACGGGGGGCGCCUACGGUCCCCGUACGCCGACCGCCCGGCCGGCGUCCCGGGACGGGCGGGCGACGGCCCGCCAGGCGUCCGGGACGGGCGCGGGCGACGGCCCGCCAUGGCCGUCCCGAAGGUACGGGCGGGCGACGGCCCGCCUGGCGUCCCGGGACUGGGCGGCGACGACACGGCCAGGCCGUCCACGGAACCCGGGACGGCGGGCGACGGCCCGCCUGGCGUCCCGGGACGGUCGCGGGCGACGGCCCGCCCGCCUGGCGUCCAGGGACGGGCGGGCGACCCCGGCCCGGCCUGUCGUCCCGGGACAGCGGGCGACGGCCCGACCUCCCGGCGCCCUCGGGACUGGGGGGCGACGGCCCGCGCAGGCCCGGCCGUCCCGGGGACGGGCGGGCGACGGCCCGCCAGGCGUCCCGGGACGGUCAGCGGGCGACGCCCCCGCCAGGCGUCCCGGUACGGGCGGGCGACUGGCCCGCCAGGCGUCCCGGGACGGGCGGGGGGUGGGCGACGGCCUCCCGACCAGGCGUCCCGGGACGCCCCGCGGGCGGACGGCCCGCCAGGCGUCCCUGGCCCGGGACGGGCGGGCGACGGACCCGCCAGGCGUCCCGGGACGGGCGCGGGCGACGGCCGCCAGGCGUACCCGGGUACGGUGGGCGGGCGACGGCCCGCCGGGCGUUUCGGAUGUAUUGA